UCAAAAAAGGAAGUGCACUCCACCAAGCGAACUUGCACAUUCACGGCCCAAGUUACAGCAUCUUCGGGGUCGCCGUGGGCCGAGCACACCAAGUCUUUUCAGAAAAAAAUGGAUGGGAAAGCAGAUGUGAAGUCCCUGAUGGCGAAGUUUAACACGCUGGGCAACCCCACGCAGGAGGUCAACAGCCGGCCCUUCAAAGUGGCGGGGCAGAACUCCCCGUCAGGCGUACAGGCGAGAAAGAACUUAUUCGACAACCAAGGAAAUGCCAGCCCCCCCACGGGACCCAGCAACGUGCCCAAGUUUGGAUCGCCGAAGCCUCCUCUGGCAGUGAAACCUUCUUCCGAGGACAAGCCGGACGUGGAGCCCAAGCCCCCCUUCCUAAAGCCCACGGGCGCGGGCCCGAGGUUCGGGUCGCCCUCCCCGGCAGCCUCGGCCUCGGCCAGCAGGGGCCCGGAGGGGAAGGUGGAAUUUCCCAGGCCUGCAGGCCUCAAGCCCACCAGCCUGCCCCGAGAAGACGCCAAGCCCGCCUUCCCGCGGCCUCCCGGGAACAAGCCUGCCCUGCCCGGUGCGAGCCAAGACCCUGACCUGAAGCCUCCAGGGCUGAAGCCCAAGUUUAACCCUCCGGCCCAGGAAAAUGAGCAGAAGCCAGUGUUCCCCAAGCUGUCUGGCAUCCAAGGCAAGUUCGUGUCCGCCUCCCAGGACCAGGACCCCAAGCCCCUCUUCCCCAAGCCCCCCUUUGGCCAGAAGCCAUCCCUCAGCGUGGAGGACCCCCACGAAGCCGAGAGCCCCCCAAAGAAUGCAGCGCUACAGAGAGGAGCCGUGGGCCCCCUGGGGGUCAAGCCCAAAGUGGGCCCUUUAAAGCCUGCAAAGGAAGACCCGGAAAAUAGAGACCAUGGAGGGGAGACGUCCAGUUCGCCUUUUCCUGGCGUCGUUCUGAAACCGGCGGCCAGCAGGGGAGGCCCGGGCCUCCCCAAAGGUGCUGAAGAAAGGAGGGAAGACAGACGGAUAGAUGCCGCCAAGAACAUGUUCCUGAGCAAAAUGAACCAAGAGGACCCGGCCUCUGGGGCCCCCCCUGCCAAGUUCCCAAAGACACCCUCUAAGGUGGCCGUGGCAGGGCCCUGGGGCCAAAGUCAGGAAAAGGAAAAGGGCGACAAGCACCCAGCCACCCCCAAGCAGAAGCCCCUGCCCCCCUUGUCCGUCCUGGGCCCGCCGCCCCCGAAACCCAGCCGGCCGCCGCAGGUCAACCUGUCGAAAUUCUACAAAGCUGCCCCUGGAAACGGUGAGUUCCCUCGGUGUCUGUCUAACGCAUUUUGCUCUGCUGCGGUGGUGGGGGGAAUGUUUUAG